AUGAGAAAACUACUUGCAAGCUUUUUGAUGGUUUGCAUUUUUACUACAUCGUCAAAUUUUAAUGUUGGGUAUUGCCAAGAAACUUUUAAUGUGCUUGACUACGGUGCUGUUGGAGAUGGCCAAACCGAUGAUGCUGAAAUUUUGGGGAAAAUCGUGGCACCCAAAACUCCUCAAGAAUGGAAAGAGUGUGAACAAGAAUCCUGGCUGCUCUUUUCAGAGGUGAACAACCUGAUCAUUAAUGGAAAUGAAACAGGAGUAAUCAAUGGGAAUGGUUUACCUUGGUGGACAGAGGUGAAUAAGUCGAAAGUAGAGAAGUCAAAAUGCCAUAGACCAAAGGCUCUACGCUUCUUCAAUUGUAAUGAUCUUCAGUUAAGUGGACUCACACACGUUGAUAGUCCAAAAGGGCAUAUUAGCAUACUAAAUUGCACCAAUGUUAUAGUAUCCAAUCUUCAUAUCAUUGCACCAGAUGAUAGUGAAAACACAGAUGGCAUUGAUAUCAAUAUGUCAAGACAUGUCAAUAUUCAUGACUGCAUAAUUGGAACAGGAGACGAUUGUAUUGCUAUUAAAGGUGGCUCAGUCCUUGUCAAUGUCGCCAACAUUGCUUGUGGACCAGGUCAUGGAAUUAGUGUGGGAAGCAUAGGUGAAUUAGAAGGAGCUUAUGAGACAGUCGCAGAGGUUUAUGUACGAAAUUGUACCUUCAAUGGUACGAUGAAUGGAGCUAGAAUCAAGACAUGGCCGGGUGGUUCUGGAUAUGCCAAGAAUAUCUCGUAUGACAAAAUCACUCUAAUAGGAGUUCAAAAUCCUAUUAUUAUUGAUCAAAACUACUGCAAUGGUGAACGCGACUGCGGUUAUAUAACGUCGAAUUCAGCAGUGGAGGUGAGUAAUGUGGCAUUCAAUGACUUUCGAGGAACUCUGGCGGAUGAACAUGCGAUUACAUUUGAUUGCUCCAAGACUGCAGAUGGCACUCUAGCUUGUCUCAACAUUAAUAUGAAGCAAAUCAACAUUACUUCCAUAGAUCCCGAAAAGGAAAUCUCCGUCUUAUGCAAGAAUGUAAAUGGAACUACUGAAGAUACCAGCCCCAGUGUUCAUUGCCUACAAGCUAGAAAUCCAACCAUUGAUGCAGAUAGUCCUGACGCAUAUAGUCCUGAUCCCUACGCCUAUUAUUUUUAGAACCAUGUAUUGUAAGUCUUAGUUUCUUCUAGAUAGGGCUAGCUUCAAUUAUUGUUUUGCUUUUGGUCUAUUAUGGGAGUUAAAACAGUUUUCUGUUUGAAAAUUGAGAAACUAGUUAUUAUUGUUUAACAAUCCAAGGGUGAGCUUCAGAACGAGCUCCAAAAUAGUUCAUAGUUUUCAUGUUUAAA